GCCCACAUAGGUAUUUAUAAGAAUUGUAAAUAAUGAAAAAUGCAUGAAACCCGAUCUGUGACACAUGACACAAGGCAAUUUUGUUGCUGUCGUUGUUGUUGUUGUCGGAGCCCAGGCUGACAAUUUCGUGACAAUUUAUUGUACAUAUCAAUGACAAAAAAGGCAAAUACAAUUGCCGCAAUUGCAAUGCUUUUUUGGCUUUUUUCAUACUUUGACAAUCGCUGCAAAUCCAAAUCCAACUCCAAAUCCGAGUCCGAAAUCUCUGACACAAACAGCAUGUGCCAUAUUUUCGUGAUGUUUUUGUUUUUUGCGGCUUUGUUGGCUAAUUCUAAAAUUGCUCGACUAAAAAACUGUCAACCAAAACGGUCAGCAGCCAAAAUGUCAAAUGCUUCACUGCGCUGGGCCAUUAAUUUUCAUAAAAAAUAAUCAUGCAACGAAAUUUGAUAGCAUUUUCUGAACUAUAAGAAAUUUCAAAUACAGCUUUAGUUAAAUACUUCCUGGCCAAGUUUCUGCCUGUGCACUGUCAUCAUCGUCGCCGUCGCCGUCGCCGUCUCCGUCGUCGUCUUCCUUUGAAAGCUUCUUAUGCGUCUCGCCUGACAAUGACAGCGACUAUAACAAUAACAAUAAGCAGGCCAAGCACUGCGACAGCUAAUCAAGAACGACUCAACAACUUCAUUUGCGAGACACUCUUCACUUGGCUCAUAUUACACGCACCUCGGCGGCAUGUGGCAGCCAGUCCGCUCUCCCCCUCUCUCUCUCUCUCUCUCUCUCGUAUUCCCUCGUCAGACGCCCGUGUCGAACGCAUGCACAAUUAGUCACUUGCAAGUCAAUUAAGUUCCCAGCGCUAACCACAACAGACGCCGGGAGAGAGAACCCAUUCUGCCCGCCAAGUCGCAGCGCCAUGUGCCAGAUCCUAAACCAGACAGGCACGUAUGGGUGGGAUGGGCUGGUCUGGGCAUGGAGAUACCUGUGGCCGGGUCUCGGAAAGCGACUGAGGACACGACCACGACAGCGGCUGCGGCUGCGGCUGCGGCUGGGACCCGGACUGGGACUGGGUCUGGGACUGCGGCGCGUUGUAAUGCUCUGGCGCUUAUUUGCAGUAAAAAGCAAUGACAACGUUGGCGACAACGCGAGAAAAUUAAAGAGAGAGGGACACGGAGCGGACACGGACAGGCGAGUAGGUGCUGGCGGAGGAAAAACUGCGAACGGGGCCAGCUAAUGAAUACAAAUUAGCCGCAGAAGAGGUGCGCGCUCUGACUGGGCAAAAGAUACAUGCAAUAGACGUAGAUACAAAUGCGAUCCAUAUGUGUGUAUGCGUGAUAUCUGAGGCCUAUGACAAUAAAAAUACAUGUAGUCAGGAAUUCG